ACAGCAGCACUCUCUCAGCGGUGUGUACACAACCUGACUGUGAAGCCACAGGCGUUAUUAUUAUGGGAUGAGCAGGGAGCAGCAGCAGCAGCAGAUCUGGACUCCUCACCACUCCUCUGCUGCAGGGAUCACACAGCUCUGCCUCCAUGCUCAUGCACCAACAUGUGCAGCGGGUGAAUCCUGAAACCACUCCGCCUCGUCUUCCCUCGGCGAGGACACAGGUUUUGUUUUAAAUCACAAUCCCGAUCUCACAAAUCCGUCUGUAGUUUUGCAAUGCGGGGCGGUGCGUGCCACAGACACACUCACACGCACUCUCUCUCUCUCUCUCUCUCGCACGCUAAUCCCUGGAUCCUCUGAGUAGGACCGUGGACUGUGGGACGGUGUUGCCGGGGGGGAAAGUGGAGACCGGGACCUGUUGGAAAUGACAGCUGGAGAAGGCGGAUUCAAACACGGGGACCGGAGUCACAGUAGACGCAGGAGAAGAUAGCGAAGAGAAGCCCCCACGCUGCGCCGCGGAAAGGGUCUGUAGAGAUGGACUCCCUGAUGAGUGCGGUGGCGCCGCGCUCCCCAGCCCCCGCCAAGAAGCUGUCAGAGGUGGACUUCCGGUCGGGGGCCACCCUGGAGCAGCUGUCGGCACGGGUGUCGGAGCUAGUGCUGGCGGAGCAAGGGGAGUUUGGAGACCAGACGGCCUUAGAGGUGCACACAGCUAAGGACUUCAUCUUCAACAUGCUAGGCUUAGUCCAGAAAGUGGACCAGCGGCUCCCAGUUGCCAACGAGUACCUGCUUCUGUCGGGCGGGGCCCGGGAGGGAGUCCUGGACCUCGACCCUGAGCACCUGGGCAACUACGCCAAAGGGGCCGAUUUCGACCUGGACUUCACCCUGCUGGUGCCUGCCCUGAAGCUCCAUGACCGCAAUCAGCCUGUCACCUUGGACAUGAGACACUCCCCACCCUGCCACUCAUGGCUCAGCCUCCGCCUCUGCGACUCCAACGUCUUAUCCCGCUGGAGCAUCUGCUGCCAGGAAGAGAACGGACUUCCCACCGAGGAGGAUGAGGACGACGAUGGCGAAAUGGAUAAAGGCUCCAUCCCCUCCCUGGGCUCACAGUCUCUGGAUGGAUCCUACUUCUCUCCGUCCCUGGUGACCGACUGGUUCUGGGGCGUGGUGAGCGAAGCCAUCGAGGAGCUCAGACGCAGCCCCCAGAGAGGCAUCCCGUCUCCGGACCGACUGGAGAGGAACGGGCCCCUCACCACCAUCAUCCUCCAGGCGGGCUCGAGCCGGGUGCUGUACGACCUGCUGCCUGUGGUGUCUUUCCGGGGCUGGCCUGCUGUUGCCCAGGGCUGGCUGACUGCCAACCACUUCUGGGAUGGUAAAAUCACAGAGGAGGAGGCCAUAUCGGGCUUCUACCUGCUGCCCUGCUGCUCCCCGCUGGGUGGGCGGCCUGACAGGGAGUGGAGGCUGGCCUUCUCCCGCAGCGAGGUCCAGUUGAAGAAGUGCAUCCCCUACCCUAUGGCCCAGGCUUACCAAGCAGCCAAGGCAGUACUGUCUCGUAUCCUGGCUCGUCCUCGUGCAGGCCUAAGUCUCUACCACCUGCGUACCCUCCUUUUCUGGGCCUGUGACCGACUUCCUGGUGUCUACCUGUCCUGCUCCGAUGCCGACACUCCUGCCCGCCUCCUCCUCGGUCUCCUGGACGACCUGGCUCAUUGCAUCCUCGGUAAAAAUUGCCCAAACUACUUCCUGCCCCAGUGCAACAUGUUGGAGCACCUGACUGACAGCCAGGCACUGCUUGUCGCCAGAAAACUGGCGCAUGUGCGCUCAGAUCCCAGCGAUAACCUCCGGGCGGCCCUUGACCUAGCCCAGCAGGCAGGCCAGCUGAAGAAGGACCUAACGGCGAGCACCAACGGCCACGGCUCCCCAGGGCAUCACUCAACCAACGGCAUCAUUUCGCCCUCGGACAACAAGAUGGCCCAGCGGCUGCAGCAGCUGGUCACAGAGAACCCUGGGAAAUCCAUAUCCGUCUUCCUGAACCCGGACGAUGUCACGCGGCCGCACUUCCGGAUCGAUGACAAGUUCUACUGAGGCGCGCACGCCGCAGAGAAGGCGUGUCGCAAACGUGUGCGUUUAACACGCAAACACACUCCGAGACGUCACAUCAGAGGGGCAGGGCCUCAAACUGAGCUCACUCCUCCUCCUCCUCACGUCCCGAGGCCUGACGAAGCCUUGCUGCUCGACUCUUUAAACCAAAAAACAAAAACACACAUGUCCUACUACUGACGGAUGCUGUCCAUUCGAGUGGGCAUCGCACAACAGACAUUAUGUCACCGAGCUGUUGCCACGGAGACGGCCCUCUCCUAACGAGCUGGCCUUAACAAGACUUAUCAGCUGGUGCUACAGAGACGAGGGCCGGCUUGAGACAUGUGAAUGAAAUCCAGAGAUCAACACGUAUAUCAAGAAGACGUGCUAGCAUCUGUGUGUGUGUGUGUGUACAUUUCACAUAUUAACUUCUAAAGAUGGCUGCAUCUCUCUUCUUUUUUAAUUUCAGUUGAGAUUGACGAUGGCUGAAUUAGAAAAGAAAACCAAGGUGUGGCUGAUGUAACUGAAUGUAAUGUUGUGAGGAGUCUUUGAACAAAGAGUCUUUACUCUUUCAACUACAGUGUAGCUGUUUCUUUGACCCCACGCUUCAAUUAAUGAGAUCUUUUUCUUUUCCUUUUUUUUUUUGUCUUUCUCAGGUAUUUUUAAUACUAAUCAUUUUUUUACAUUUAUGAUUCAAUUUUAAGGCCCUUGACUAGAUUGCAAUGCCGCAUACAUUUCAUCGGGAAUUUGAAUGUACCAAAAUUGUAUCAACUGUUUUGAGCAGUUUUGCAAAGAGCCACGCGUCUUGCGUGAUCCCAAACCUCUUCAUUCGGAUUGAUCUGUUGAAUCAUGGCCAGAAUGUUAAUUUGCCUUUUCUCCUGCAAAAGGCCCGGUCACACCAACUCAGAUGAGUCGCGUCCAAUUCAUCUUAGUGGUUGAUAGACGACUUUUGAAGGGGACAGAGAAUUCGGUGACACCUUGUUCGCCGUCUUGCACCCUCCAGGUAGAGACCGCUCCACUAAAGCUCUUAAGAAUGUCUAACACUAACCCUAAUAUGUCGAUAAAGAAAAAUAUCAUCACUUGCAGCCUGCCCUACUACACCCCCAAGCUUCUAGAAACACACGUCCCACAUAUAGCCGCAGGUUUAUGUCACGUUGCCACUUUCUAGUGCGACUGGGCCUUGGACACAGGUCCUGUCUAAAAACAUUAAAAAAAUUAAAGCAUUGCAUAUGUAACUAAAUAAAACCGGUUAAUUAUAAGACAACAGAAGGAUGUGCUGAUACUGUACUAAGAUGUAAGAGUUUUGUUUUCCUACCUGAGCAGACAUUUUGUGUCAUGGUGAGGGAUUUAGAACAUUUCAACACUGUGUAUGGAGACGAGGACUCACAUUAGCGGUAGUGUGUUGUCUGGAUUGGGCAUCAAGACAGAAGGUAGAGAAUAUAUAUUGAGCCGCCGCUUUUUGGUCUAUUUAUCCAUGAUAGUCAAAGUUAAAACAACGCAGAGGUCGAGAAAGUCAAACAUCUUGUUGGAAACCAUGCGUGUUUGUCUUGUCUGCUUUCUGUUCAAAGUGUGUGUCUGGUUCUGACUGAUAAUUGUCCCUCAUCUCCUCUGCUUGGUUGGUCUGUUUUAAUGAGAUCUCUCUCUCUCUCUCUGUGUGUGUGUGUGUGUGUGUGUGUGUGUGUGUGUGUGUGUGUGUGUGUGUGUGUGUGUGUGUGUGUGUGUGUGUGUGUGUGUGUGUGUGUGUGUGUGUGUGUGUGUGUGUGUGUGUGUGUGUGUGUGUGUGUGUGUGUGUGUGUGUGUGUGUGUACACGCCCUUGCCGGCGAGAGACGAACCACGCAGCAGGACGCAGACAAGACGCCCAGAUGUUGCCCGUGGAAUUAUCCCCUCAGUGGGUGUGUGUUAGUCACUGGGCCCUAUCGUUUCUCAGCAGACGGAGGCGACCCAUGGGGGGGAUGGAUAAAGGGAGACGGGCGCCUCUGUUCUUUUUGAAGUGGGAGACCGGGCCUUGCGGGGCCUGGACAGCUGCCUCUCUCGGGGACUGCUGCUGUUCCACUCCCCCUGGUUUCUCUCAUUUUUAUUUUUUUCCCGCUCUAUCUCAUAGUUCUUUACUUCCUUAUUUCCCCUCCUCUCAUCGUAUCCACGUUUCUCAUCACAGGCGUUCUGUCCUUUAGUCGCCACAGAGAGCCUUAUGUUUACACUACUAGUAAUGAUGUAGUGGCGACAACUAGUGUAGACCGACAAGUAGUCCUUCUACUUAAUGAAUUUGAGAUGUAAAGUUGUCUAAAAAACACUGCGAUCAAAAUGUUGUGUUGAACUUGGAUCUACCGAGCACUGAAACGCUGCUUCCCCUGUUGGUACUAGCACACAAUCACUUAGACUUGAGGUUUACAUACAUUUCAAGGGGAUGUGGGUUUGUUCAGUUUAUUUAUUUUGAAGCUACUGUUGUAAGGUUUUUCUUUCAGACACAUGGAUGAGUUCCUGUCAGUCACAGUCUACCAAUGUCCUGCUCUCACUACUGAAUGUUUUUUUUUAGAGCAUCUGUCUGUACUGCUGUUCAAUGGAUGUGUGAGUGAAUGGAAACUGAGGAAAACCAAAGUGUGACGUUAAGGGUUUCCAGCUGCCGGGUGUCGGAGAAUCGAGUGGCGUUCUCAGCACUUUUGUACAAGAAGGGCCAGAUCAAUGCUCCUCCUGUGUUCACAAGUGUUUAUUCAUUGGAGAGUAUAGUUGUUAACGUGAAGGUACUUUUCGUGUUUGACUAAGAAUGUGUCUCACUUCGUACCUUAACGGGCCUAGUUGAAAAUUACUAGACACUGGAAACAAUCAAUAUUUUUUUUCUCGGAUCUGUGGCGAGGAUCAAAUCCUGUGUCGGUUUAUGGAUAUGCAAUCAGAGCCCCCUGUGGAGAGGCCUGUCCCUUGCGACGCCCCCUCCAUUCGUGCAUCAGUGUUGAUUAACUGUAGAUGUAAUAAGCAGGGGUGGAAAAAUCCCUCUGGGGGGGGGGUGGGGGGGGUCGCAGGAAACAUGAGUUUCUAAUUAUGACAACUUUUCUGUUGUGCUGCAACUUCUGACGAAUCAACUGGCAAUUCAUUGACCUGCUGGGGGAAAAUGUAUGGACUAAAUCCAAUGAAUGUACCCGCUUCCUCUCUUUCACUCGUCCUUAUCUCCACACAGGAACUCCAAGUGCUAAUAUAGACAUCUGUAACUGAAUCACUUUACAAUCUGAGAAAUCUCUUGUAUUACUUGAGUCCCUUUUUUCAAAAAAUAUAUAAUUUGCUCUGUAUCACUACUGAUUUGCUGUAUUUGUUACUGUCAUGUUAGUGGGGGUUUAUAUUGAUCGAGCUUUAGCAUGAAAUAAAUCACUGCAUUUCAAAUCA